UUAUGCAAGCAAAACAGCAGCAGCACGCGUGUGAAGAAGGAUAAACACAGGCGUCUUAACUCUUCAAGAUGAUGAGCGGACGAAUUUUACCCCGGGCCACCCGAGAAAUCCUUCGAUCUUUUCGAAGAACAGUGUCAACGACAGCUGUUUCCUCUGCACAAGCUGCUGCAGCCAGCGAAGCCACCACAGAUGGACAGGAGUCCACCCAGCCAGCGCUGAGACCUCUGUAUCUGGAUGUACAGGCUACAGCUCCUAUGGAUCCCAGGGUGUUGGAUGCCAUGUUACCCUAUGAUAUCAGUUUCUUUGGCAACCCUCACUCCAGAACACAUGCCUAUGGCUGGGAGUCGGAGCAGGCAGUGGAAAAAGCUAGAAAACAAGUAGCAGACAUCAUAGGAGCAGACCCCAGAGAGAUUGUUUUUACCAGCGGUGCCACAGAGUCCAAUAACAUUGCAGUCAAGGGUGUGGCCAGGUUUUAUAAGAGCAAAAAGAAACAUGUCAUCACAACACAAACAGAACAUAAAUGUGUGCUGGAUUCCUGCAGAAGUUUGGAGGCAGAGGGUUUUGAUGUCACUUAUUUACCUGUGCAGAAGAAUGGACUAAUAGACAUGAAGCAACUGGAGGCAGCUUUGAGACCAGAUACUGUGCUGGUGUCUGUGAUGACAGUUAAUAAUGAGAUUGGUGUGAAACAGCCUAUGGAACAAAUAGGCAAAUUAUGUCGAGAGAAGAAGGUAUUUUUCCACACAGAUGCAGCUCAGGCAGUGGGGAAGGUUCCAGUUGAUGUCAACAGCAUGUGUAUUGAUCUGAUGUCUAUAAGUGGUCACAAAAUAUAUGGUCCUAAAGGUGUGGGUGCCCUCUAUGUGCGGCGCCGGCCCCGUGUCCGCCUGGAGCCCCCUCAGAGUGGCGGGGGGCAGGAGAGGGGGUUGAGGAGUGGGACAGUACCCACGCCCCUGGUUGUGGGGAUGGGGGAGGCAUGUGCUGUGGCUAUGGAGGAGAUGGAGUAUGACCACAAACGUAUCAGUAAACUAGCGCAGCGUCUGCUAGAUAAGAUAACGACAGCCCUGCCAGAUGUCAUCAGAAAUGGCGACCCCGAGCACAUGUAUCCUGGGUGUAUUAACCUGUCCUUUGCCUACGUAGAAGGCGAGAGUUUACUGAUGGCACUCAAAGAUGUGGCUCUGUCAUCUGGGAGUGCCUGCACGUCUGCCUCCCUAGAGCCUUCCUAUGUAUUGAGAGCCAUAGGAGCUGAAGAAGACCUGGCCCACUCCUCUAUCAGGUUUGGGAUUAGUCGCUUUACCACAGAAGAGGAAAUAGAUUACACAGCCGAGAAGUGCAUUGAACAUGUGCAGAGGCUAAGGGAGAUGAGCCCUCUGUGGGAGAUGGUACAGGAGGGGAUUGAUCUCAAGUCCAUCCAGUGGUCACAGCACUAGUGGACACAGUGGACAGCACAAGUGGACAUUGACCACAGUAGGUUUCACAUCAGUGUACAGUGACCACAUUAGACAUGAACCUAGCGGACAAUGACCAUUCUGGACAUAGUACAAGUAAAUGUAGAAAGUGACCGUGGUGAAUGCAACACCAGUGGACAGUGGAUGCAGUAUUAGUGGACAUUGCCCGCAGUGGACAUAACAAUCUGACUAUGUUAAUUGGACAGAGGUCUGUUUUGGUCACCAGACCAGUGGUGAGAGAUGCAUGUUAUUGAUCACCACACACUCACGCACACACACAGACAUUAGGGUAUAUUAACCAAGAAGUGCUGCUACACUGAAAAAUAAAUAUACAUUUGGAGUUCAAAAAAAAAAAAAAAAAAAAAAAAAUGGGAUUAGUCCACAGGUAGUGAAUAUGGUGACCACAGGGUAUUUGGUCAACCAGUUAUUUGAUUACUGGCUUACCUUCAUUAACUUGUAGCAAAUUUUGUGAAAUCUGAAUAUUGAAUAUAAUGGUGGUUAUGAGACUGUGAUGGAGAAAGAAAAUAUUGACACGUUAUUUUGAUGUGGAAUUUCACAAAAUGUGAUAUAAAUAUAAUUUUAUUAGAACAGUUAACCAUGGUAUAACUAUAACACGUAUGUUCUUUCUAAGAAAAAAGUAAUGACAAGCAAACUACAGAUAAGCACUGAUGUCUACUGGAGUCAAAUGCUCUCCAAACCAGUCUGUAUUUGUAAAUUGAUUGCUCUUAAAAUUUGAAUCUAGAAAUCACUUUGUACAGAUAUGGCAGAAAUACAUGUAUACCAUUAGUAACGCCUUUUACCAGAUGAUGGCUGUUUCCAGUGUUCAUGAAAUGCAUGUGAACUUAGUAUUUAUCUAUCUAUAUAUCAGCCAAUGUGAAGUGACUUGUAACAUACUGUGAGCUCUUGAACAGUAAAUAAAAAAGAAAGAGAAAAGGUAAAUAAAGAAGGAAAAACCAUAAGCUAAUUGCUGUAUUAUAUUAAUGCCAUGAAGAAGGACGAUUGUUUGUAGAUAAUAAAAUUCUUUGAUUUAAAUAAGAUGUUUUAUGCUUGUAGAAAAGGGCAAAUUAGUGACAGCUAUGUGAGUUGCAGAUUGGGGAUUUUAAAGUGCAUUUCUUCUGUGCUAUUUACUAACCCCUUCUUUUUCAACAUGGUCAGCCAAGCAAGAUGUGUGAUAGUAACAAAAAAUUAAAAAGUGGACAUUAAAACUAGCAUGUAAACAUUAAUUAAAACAAGUCGUAAAAGCUAAUAUUGAUGUGCUUAAAAGGAAAACAACUGUUCAUUCCCAUACUAAGCAAUGAAUGCAUUAAUCCAUUUCUACAUUCAAAGU